UUUCCGUCUUCUCCCUCUCUGCCUCGGUCUCUCCCUCUGUCUCUUUUCAGGGCUCACAAUUCUUCUCCCCAGGCCGUGGUUUCUUGUUUGCAACCUUGACACAACUUUUUCCAGAUUUUCCUCUCCAUAAAUGCAAAUAUUCAGAUGGAGAAACUUGUUUCUACUCGAGAAUUCAUUGAUUUCAUCAACUUCUACAGCAACCCGCUUCGCUUGGUUCCAUUCUACUCCAACUUCAUUCGAGAAGUGGAAGAACAAAUGGACCUUCGAUGUAAAAAGCAGUCAACAACCAUCAAAGAAUUACAUCAGAUACGCAACACGUCAAAAGCGUGCUGAUACAAAGAAAGCCCUGAAAAACCUCCUCUUCAACAGUGGGUCCUCUAAAAAUUUCUUUCAGAACAUUCAGAAUGAAAAUGAUUCAGGAAGCUCUCCUCAGAAACAUAGGUCGAGGUCUUCUCGACAUGCUGAGAAAUCACACCCCAAGAAAACGAAACGCAAGUUCAAAAGAGAGAGUUUCUCUGAAGAUGGUGACAACAAUCCUGAGUCUAUCUUUCGUGCGACAUUUGGCAAGAAAUGGUAUACGUGGUCUUUUGACUCGUGCCGUGACUCCUCUUUUAAAGAUUCAGAAUCUGGAUUUGAGUGGUCAGAGCAAUCAAGCUGGGAAGAUAAAAGUAAAAGAUGGGAGAAUAGUAGUGACGUGGAGUCUGAUGAUGAAUCAUGUACUAUAGGAUCUUAUUCUGAUAGAACAAUUCUUGAUCUACCUCCAACAGGUCCUUUAAAGACUGAAGACGUUAAAAAAGCUUUCCAUUUAUCAGCUUUAAAAUGGCAUCCUGACAAGCAUGAAGGCCCUUCACAGGCAAUGGCUGCAGAGAAAUUUAAACUUUGUGUUAAUGCUUACAAAUCUCUGUGCAAUGCACUAUCCCCAGCGUAAGCCGUUGGCUCAAAAGGUUCUGGUUUGAACAUUAACAGCUCCCUCUAUACCGGUUCUCUAUUCAAAAGGAAAUCCUCACACAGAUUUGACCUAGUGCUGGACAUGGUCUCCAGAUCAAAGCAUUAGUGUACUUGAAUAGUAAUUUGAUUAAUUUAUUCAAAUUAUAUAUGCAUAAAGAUUGUACUGAAUCUAUUGACAAAUUUAUAAAGAAAAUUACAAUUCUUUUAGAGAUA